UAAAGAAAAUUUUUUUGCCUAAAUUUAUAAAUAAUCCUGAUUAUUUUAAAAAUUUCGAAACGUUAUAUAUUAAAUAUAAAAGUACAAUGUCAGGAUCGUCAGCGUACGAAUACAAUGAGCCCGAUAUGGAAGCCAUGCCUUAUUCUGUGCAUAUACAUAAUAAACUUAGAAGGGCUAAUUAUGAAAUUCCACAACAUGCCACAGAUGAAAUAGAUACAUAUUUAAAAGAGGAAGUAGCUAGUCCGACAACCAAUGUACUCGAUUGGUGGCAAAAAAACAGCUCAAUAUAUCCAACUUUGUCUUUAAUGGCCAGAGACUUUUUGGCUCAGCAAACUACGAGUGUUGCCGCGAAAGAAUCUUUAGCAAAGCGGUGGCAUGACUAAAAAACGUAACCGCCUUUCAUCCAUCACUUUGAAGCAAUGUUUAUCUAUUGAU